AUGGACCAAGAAGAGUUUUUGGGGUCUUUAGCAAAGCAGAAAUUAACAAUUCUUGAAUUCCAACAAAUAAUGACAAGUUUUGGUGAAAAUUCUGUUGCAUCUGAGCUGGAAUCAGUUCUAAAUGAAUUAGAUACAAUUAAUACCCAGCAUUUACGUUCGCUGGCAGCGUUAAAAGCAAUGCCACCUCCAGAAGCAGGAUCACAAGAAGCUACAGAAGAGCUUUUCCAACAAGCACUGGAAAAUAUACCAGAUAAAGAAGAAUCCGAUUCUGAUGAUGAUGAAGAAAAUGCUACUCAAUCCAACAAUGACAGUGCACUGGGAGAUAGAAGUUUUAUUCUCUCACAAGUUGAUUACAUUCCUGUUGAUCCAAUCACAAAGAAUAAAAUUUGUGAUCCUGCUAGGAACAGUGUUUGCAAUCAUGUAUAUGAGCAUGAUAUUAUCAUGGAUUAUCUGAAACAGUUUUACAGGAAGAGAUUGAAAAAGAAAGUUAAAUGUCCAUACAUUGGUUGUUCUAAUAAAAAUGUUAAAGCAGAACAUAUUAUUAGAGAUCCUGAGUUAAAAAAGAAGUUUGUUGCCAUGAUGAAUACUGAAGAAGUUAAUCCAAAUGACAGUGUUAUUUCUAUCUUAGAGGGUUAA